UGCAGUCAAAUGCAGACGACACAAAUAACUCUAACAACACACUGAGGAGCAGGAGCGACGGAGACUGCAAAUGUCCAGGGAACUCAUGAGCCACUGGAUGGAUGCAUGUCUGCCUCUUCUGCUGGAUUCUUCUGAAAGAUGAGAGCAGAGGGUGACAGGAGACGCACGUUGAAGAAAGACGUCGUCCAUGGAGAUGGUGGGACAUUGAGAUUCUGCUCUUGAGCUGUUAUUUUAUGACUGGCAUGGAAGCAAAAAUCCAGACUAAAGAAAAAGCGAAAUCCUGCAGCAGAGCUCACUGAAGACGUGAAGAAAGGUUGUGGUUUCUGAGGUCUACGCCAUUACUCAUCUGACCUGCAACUUCACCAGAACAGAGCCAUGGACGUUUCUAUAGAAGGGGUUCAGGACCCCGUGGUGAGUAAAACUUUGGAUCAGUUUAAGACCACCCUUCAUGCAGCUGUGAGGGAGAUCCAUGUGGACAUAAGUGCCUUCAAGCAACGCAUAGAGCAGACCAUCGAGGAACGUUGUCUCGCAAAUAGAACCUUGAUAGAGACGGUGACCCGUCUGGAGGAGGAGAACCUUCAGCUGAGGACAAAGCUGGAUGCCCUCGGCCGUCUGGUAGAAGGUCUAGCAGGUGUAAAGGUGGGGAGCAGUUCUGCUGAGGUCGGAUGCAAAGGUGGGCAGGAGAUUGUGGAGAAUGGACAUGUCCAGACAGCGGCCAGGGGACAGGAGGACAAGAACCGCACUUUGCUGAACUCUGGGAGAUCAGAAGAAAGCUUGUCCAGUCUGUCCACCUACUCUGAAGUAUCCAGUGGAGGCUCGACCCUCGCUGCUGCGGCUCCCAGAACCACCUCAGCUCCUCCAUGGAGAGCAAAGAGACUUGACAUCAACGGCGUUGACGACACGGGAGAGAAGAAAGUCCCUGUAGGUGGUCAGGAGAAAGAAAGGUCACCAGUGGACUGUGAUGCAGGACAAGCGAGUGAAGACGUUUGUCCCCAGUCUCAUCUGCCUCUCACUGCCAUCACAAAACCCAAUCCAGAACCGGCAACCAUCACUCAGUCCCACACCCUGGAAUCUCACAAAGCACUUGACGAGAAAGAAUCAGGUCUUCUGAGCAAACCUCACCUCCCUCUCACUGCAGUCAAAAUGGUCACUGCUGAAGCUUCAACCCAUCUUCAGACUCAAGCUGCUGUUCCCAAAGUCAGCAAAGAAACUCCAGCCAAGCCACUGGCUCCCUCUGCUGAUGUAGCUGAACCUCAGCCUCAUCUCCCCGUCACUGCCAUGGCGUCCAAACUCAGUUCUGAAGUUCUUCCUUCUGCCAGACCUGCUCCGUCUGCUGCUUUACAUCUGAGAGGAGCUGAGACUCUGACAGUGGAAACAGCUGUUUCUGGAGCUAAAGAUCAGAGGAGUCAGAUCAUUCCGGACUACUCAGGGUCUGGAUCUCAUGCUCUGUCACAUUUUUCUCUGACUGCUGUGACAAAAACCAGCUCUGACUCUGUUUUGCCCAAACCUGACCCCAGUCCUGCUUCAGCACUGAAUCCUGCUCUUACAGACCCUCCUGCAGUAAAGCGAGGAGAUUAUCCAUUCAGACGUGACGCUGCUGAAUCAAAGCCUCACUUGCCGCUCUCUGCUGUCGCCAAACCCAACACAGAGUCAUCUUCAUCAUCAAUAUCAUCAUCAUCAUCACUGUCAUCUGCUACAACAGUUCAAUCUGUGAUUCUAUCAGCAUCACAGGAGUCCUCUGUCAAACCUGGGGAAUAUCCCUUUAAACGGGUGCCUGUUCUGAAAACACCCAGUCCCAGUCUGAAGAGAAGUGUGAGCUUCCCCCAGUCUGCAGAAAAGCUGCUUCCAUCCAAAUCCAUCAUUAAGUCUGGUUUCUCACCAAAUCUGGAAAAGAAAGCGAACAAACCAGCGGCUGUUGAAUUUAAACAGGACAUUAAGAAAUCCCAGACUCUUACAGGCUCCAGUGGAGCUCAGGCCAAGCGGGCUCUGUUUGAGCGGAUGAACUCGGAGCCCAUCAAGCCUAAAGAUUCAAAACCUAAACUGAAACGCUCCCAGAGUUUUGGAGUGUCUAGCGCCAGUGGCAUAAAGCAAAUUCUGUUGGAGUGGUGUCGUUCCAAAACCAUUGGCUAUCAGAACAUUGACAUCCAGAACUUCUCAUCCUGCUGGAGUGAUGGUAUGGCCUUCUGUGCUCUGGUUCACUCCUUCUUCCCUCUGGAGUUUGACUACAACACAUUGGACCCUGCAAACCGCAAACACAACCUUUCACUGGCCUUCACCACUGCAGAGGAGCAGGCUGACUGUCUGCGUCUGAUCGAGGUGGAAGACAUGUUGGAUAUGGGGGACAAGCCGGACCCUAUGUGUGUCUUUACAUAUGUCCAAUCUCUGUACAAUCAUCUGAAGAAGUUUGAAUGACUCUGUAUCAGAGUAGAUGUUAUUUUUUUUUAACCACAGAAUGUUGUGAACAUGGUGAAAAUAUGCCUGACAAAAAGAGGCUAAAGUGAACAUUUACAAACUGCUGAUUGUUAAAGGGUGGUGUCUAUUAGUGUUUUUGUGUGAUUUUUAACAGGUCAAACACAGUAAGAAAAUAAAAAAAAGAAAAUAGUUUGCAGCAUAUGCCAAGUCUGACUC